UUAUUGACCAAAAGAAAAGAGUGGAGUGACCCUUUGACAACAAAACAAAAAAGUUGGUGAAUCGGCGGCGACUCGGCGGGAAGCGCUGAGUCUGUACCGGGACAUUCUUGGGGCCUCUUGCUUCUUCACCAACAGAGAGAGUUUGCUAAUCCGCUGUAGAUAAGAUCUUCCGUUUAAGGAAGAGGUUGGCUCAUCUCUCCAUGGAUCUUCAGGACUUCCUUAUCCGGGCUCGAGUCUUGAAGCUAUUCCGACAGGCAUUGAGAAUUGCUGGUCGAGCCCCUUCUUCUGCUAGAGCUGAAUUGAGACAGACAGUUAGACAGGAGAUGGAAAAUAAUCGAAACUGCAAUGACAAGCAAAGGAUUCGUUACUUGAUUAGUGAUGGAUUGGAAAGAUUGAAACGAUUGGAUGAAAUGCUUGAUAUGCAAGGUCAUUGAGAGAGUUAAUAUGUAUCAUGGGACGAUGACUUUGAAUGUAUACUCAUUUUCAUUCUAUUUGUUCUUUAAAGCAUUGUUUUUGACGUGUGUACUUGAAUUCUGAGUUCCAUUCCUGUUCUAUGAGAUGUUGUUCCUCACAUGUCUCAGUAGCAAAAGCAAAAAAAUAAUGUAGUCUCAGCAAUAUUUUACCUACAA